AAUUUUGAAAAAUACAGCUGUAACAGCUCCCAUAUUUCCUCUCUCUCUAUAUAUACAUACACACAGAUACAUACACAUAUAAUAAUAUAAAAACAAUGAAGUCAUAAAUUAGAAAAAGAAAGUCAAAAUAGGGGGGAAAGUCCAGGCAGCCUAAAGCCCCUUUGCAGCCACCUUUCAGAGGAAAAACCAAGAACAAAGAACCCUCUUUAGCGGUUACAAAACCUAAAAUACAUACAUCUUUUGUAUCUAUUUUAUCAACCAAAAAUUCAGUCUUUAUGGUUCUUGAGAUGAUCAGCGGUCGGCUGUGGAAUUGAAGGUUAAGGGGCUGAAUUAGUUAUAUGGGGAAUUUAUGUUCCAAUUCUGGUUCCAAGCAUGCAGGAGAGAAGUCAUCGAAUGGCUCGGGCAAGGGACAAGGCCAACACGGGUCGGUGAAAUACGGUUUCACCCUAGUUAAAGGGAAGGCUAAUCAUCCAAUGGAAGACUACCAUGUUUCCAAAUUCAUCCCUCAUCAAGGACGUGAGCUCGGCCUCUUUGCUAUUUACGAUGGGCAUCUAGGGCAUAGCGUGCCUGCAUAUCUUCAGAAACAUUUAUUCCCCAAUAUCCUAAAGGAGAGAGAGUUUUGGACAGAUCCAAACAGGUCAAUUUCGAAAGCCUAUGAAAGAACCGACCAAGCAAUUCUUUCUCACAAUCCCGACCUGGGAAGAGGUGGGUCCACUGCGGUUACUGCUAUCCUUAUCAACGGUCGAAAGUUAUGGGUAGCAAAUGUCGGAGAUUCUCGGGCAGUUCUUUCAAAGAGCGGGCGGGCAAUUCAGAUGAGUAUCGAUCAUGAGCCCGGUAAAGAGAGGAGCAGUAUUGAAAAUAAAGGCGGCUUCGUCUCGAACAUGCCAGGAGACGUAGCACGAGUGAACGGACAACUAGCUGUUUCACGCGCUUUCGGGGACAAGAAUCUCAAGAUUCAUUUACGAUCCGACCCGGAUAUAAGAAGCACAAAUAUCGAUGCAAAUACCGAAAUUCUCAUUCUCGCAAGUGACGGUGUGUGGAAGGUCAUGACUAACCAAGAGGCGGUGAACAUAGCGAUAAAGAUCCGGGACCCACAUAAGGCGGCGAAGCAACUAGCAUCUGAAGCACUGAAUCGAGAAAGUAAAGAUGAUAUCUCAUGCAUUGUUGUGCGUUUUAAGUGAUGAGAACACAUAAAGAAGCGUGCGUUUUAGGACGAGUAUGUGCAGUAUAAGAUGUAAAUUAUGGAGGGUUUACAAAGUUCAUUGCCAUUGUCGAGUACAGUUUGUUUUCUGUUGAAGAUAUCGAAUUGUUUGUGCUCAUUUUGUUGGUUUGGUAUUUUUUUUUUCAUUUCUCUUA